GCGCUCCACUACGUCCAUGAUCGAAAUUCAAACUUAAAGCAACUGUCAACCGCCAUCAGAGUAUCGUGUCACAGAGAGUUUAUACGCCACAUAAAAUGUCCAAAACUAGAACGCAAAAGAAAAAUGCAGGAACACAAACAACUGAUACGAAUAAUAUGUUAGAAAUAGCUUCCUUGCAGGAACAAGUCAAGCUACUGACAAUUGAAAAUGAGCAUUUAAGGAAAUAUAUUAUUGAGGAACCGCGAAAUAGUUUGAAACCUACAACACCUACAACUCCAACUGAUGGAGUUGAUCAAACUCCAAAACAUUCAAGAUCAUUACGAAAGAAGUUAGAUACUCCAGUUACAAAUGAGAAGAAUAAAAUACCAAUGCGAGGUUGUACCUGUAAAGGUACAUGUAUCUCUAAAAUAUGUGGGUGCGUAAAAAAGCACAUUUUAUGUGGACAAUUAUGUAAAUGUAAUAAUGAUGCCUGUAAAAAUCAGGUACAAAAAAAUAUGGAACAAAACAAAGAAAAUUUGGAAAUGCAAGAGUAUGCAACAGUAUCCAAGAGUAUAUUUAGUCCAGAUGUUAUAAAAGAUGAUAUAAAUCUUAAUGUGGAACAAUUAAGAACUUCAUCUUUAUAUUUUGGGAGUCCUAAACAGUUAACUUUUGCAUCAGAUAAAGAAGAAGAAAAAGAAAAGAAGGAAGCAAAAAUAGUAAUCAGUAAAAGCAGUAAAAAUAGUAAGGAAUCAAAAGAACAUGAUAAAAAAGACCAGAAAAAUAUACUUACAACAAGAAACAAAUCCAAAAAAAUCAGCCCUAAACCACAUAGUACCAAACAAGUGGAAAACAUUGAAAGUACUUCUGGUAAAAAAGAGGAAAGACAGAAUAGUAAGAAAACGGAAAAGCAAGUAAUGGAGAGAUAUAAUGAAACAGAUACCAAAAUAAAUAAGAAAAUUAAAGAAAUAGAUAAACGAACAAAUAAUUAUAUGAAGAACAUAGCCAAUGGUAUGGUAUCAUUAAGGCAUGCUCAGAAAGGAUCAAAGCAAGUUUCGGUCAAUAAACCAAAUAGAAACAAUAUUAUUAGCGAUUCAGAUUCAAACGAUGAUAUUUCUAUUUCCGAGAAAGAAGUCCCACAAGGUGGAAUUAAUAACGGUUCUAAAUCGUUUCAACAAAAAGAAACUUUGGAUGUAAAUCCGACCCCUAUUAAAAACGAGAACAUUAAUGAUGAUGUUAAUCCGAUGAAACCUAAACAUGAAUUAUCUAGAACACCCAUUCACGGAUCAUCAGUGUCUCGUGAUAAUUCUGAUAUAUCAAUGUCGUUGUGUACUACCGUAAUAGAUGAAAAUCGCCAGCUUCCUGAAGAAUUCAACCAAGCUGAAGUAGAUUGGGAGGAAUAUCAGUCGCAGCUCGUACCGUGUGCAAAGUGCAAAAGAAAAUUCCAUCCACUUAGAAUUAAAAAGCACGAAUCCUGUUGUAAAGGUCGGAGUCACUGAUAUCAAGUGUUUCGAUCGUUUUUAAUAUCCUUGACUAUGAAUAACAAUUUUUACUAAAUUGAUGGCUAGUUAGACGGGAUUAAUAAUAAAUUAAAUUAGUUACAACUUUGGCCCAUUCAAUAUAAUUAUAUCGUCAGAAUCUACUAUACAAUAUUUCUCAAAUACUAGCUAACAGUACAAUAGAACUACCUACAUACAGUAUAUACGUAUAUAAUGAUUGGUAUUUAUACAUGUAUGUAAUUCUUAUGUGCGAAUCGAAAAGAUAACGCACAUGUUCACAGAACCACACACGUUCAAAACGCAUACGUACCCGUAUUCAACACUGAUUAUUAGAAUAUUAUUCGUGUAUUGUUUUCUAAGUCUUACUUAUUAUACAUCUCUAUAUAACUAACAUUCUUUAAUAUUUUUUUUUUACACUUCUAUGUAUGUACAACUUGGGGACAAAUUAUAUAAUGUAUACAUAUAUUACGGAUCUAUUGGAGUUACACAUAUACUGAUAUUGUGAUGUCGCAAAAUUAAAAACUGCUGAUUUUUUUCUUCUAAUGCUUAAGAAAAUAUAAUCUGGUGUAUCGUAACGAAAUGAUGUCUUCUGACAGUCUCUUGGGAAGUUUCAUAAUUAUUAUAAUUAUUUAUCCAUUGAAGUAGCAUGUUCUUCCAUAAAAUGCUGAUGGUAUCGAAAAUAUAGAGUUGCACAGUUGCAGCCAUAAAAAAUAAAAUUAUUGUACAUACACACAUGAGAAAAAUGACAGUAGUGCCAAGAAUGAAGUUAAUUUUGUUUUUAUAUAGUAUGAAUCAUAGUAUAUAAACACACAUUAUAUAAGUGUAGUCUAUCUUUUUCUUUAGAUCUUGUAUACCGUGGUAACGACACAAUUUAAUAUACAUUUUAAAAUAAACUAUCGCUUAAAUAUUUUGUAAUAAAAUACACAAUGAGUUGUAUGUAAAGAUCUAUUUUAUAAUACAAGUGGUAUACAGACACCAACGCAUCGUAAUACGAUUACAAAUAAUACUGCUUGAAAUUAUAAAAUAAAAUUGUUCAGAAUCAAUGAAAACAAAAAAUAUCCAAUAUGAA